AUACAUUCGGCUGUCAUAGAAAGCAUAAAUUACUUUUGCACUUAAAUUCUGUUGUAUAGAAAAAAAAAUGGCCUUACCAGUGGAUUUAGAACUCAAAAAAGCUUUUGUAGAAUUACAAGCGAAAAUGAUAGCUACCAGUAAAACUAUUCAAGUAAUCGAUUCUCAAAUAAACGUCAUGAAGAGAGUUUUGCAACAUGUGGAUGCAACUCAACGUGAGAUCAGUACGUUACCACCUGGAACAAAAACUUAUGAAUCUAUUGGGAGAAUGUUCUUGUUCACUGAUUUGGAAGAGGUAAAGACUAAUCUUAAAAGUCGUGAGGCACAAUUAACUGCAAGAUCUGCCGAAUUUGAGAGCAAUAAAAAGUACUUAGAAAAAAAUUUGAAAGAGAGCCAAGAUAAUAUCAGAGAAAUGGUCCAACAACGAAAAGAACAAAGUGACACUAAAACAAAUUGAAUCAGCUGAAUGUUUUUAAGAUCAAACACAUUGACUAACUAUUUAUGAAUGAUUAAGAAAUCUUAAUGAAUAAAUAUGAAGAUAAAUGUACACAUCUGCUAGUACUAAACUCAUUACCUUAUUGCAGUAGAUGCUUAUUCAAGAUCAACCAGCAUUUUUUCAUAUGGCUUAUACUAUAAACAUGGUUUUCUAAUAAAUGAAUUAAUUGACUGAU